AUAAGCUGAAGUUCGUAUAUUUAAAUUCGGCUGAAAAAUAGUUGAUGCAUAAGUGCAUCCUGUUCAGAGUCCGUCUCUUUCUAACUUGCUUCUGUCUCGCUCUUCACUUCCCGUCCAGCCGAGCAGGAAAGGUUUUUGACACUGACAGACUAAGUUGUUUGGUGUUGGUGACUGUUGCAAGCAGAGAGUGACAGAUUCGCAGUUUACAAACCCAAAUAAACUGAAAGUAACAUGAUGUAGUGUGAAUACGCGGAAAAGUGCACAUUGUUGAUCGCAGAUUCAGCAACCAGCUUUCGUCGUGCAGUUAUGUGAAUGCAUCCGUCGUUGCGGUGUGCGGAUUUCCUGUCGAGAUGACCGAAAAGUUGAACAAGUCCCUUACUGGGGCGGGAACCUCGGUCCCCAACAAAAUGAGACUUUACGCGACUUGGGUUGAUAGAACCCCCUCGAACUGCAUACCAAGACUGUGUUCGUUGACCUUCACCCGACUGUCUAUACUGAAGCCAGUGGGUUCCGAUCUGCAGGCCGUCUCGAUCGCCGUCAAAAUGCAGUCCAGUAAACGUACCCUGCGCUCCAACGAACUCCCUCUUCCUCCGAACGGUCUGCUCGACCAACCCCUUGACAUCACCUUCUGCCUCCAGUACCCGCACUUCCUCAAACGGGAGGGCAACAAGUUGCACAUCCUCCUGCAGCGACGGAAGAGAUACAAAAACCGGACGAUGCUCGGGUUUAAGACGUUGGCUGAGGGCGUUAUCAGGAUGGACCAGGUAAUAUAAUAAUAGUAGUAUCCCUAUAGAAAAAUCGGUUUGGUUGUUUGUUGUAGAUUUAUUCAGCAUUAAUUCUACAAUAUCAGUGUUACAAAGUAUAUCACAUAAUGUUUUGUCUUCAAAUCUACGUAUUUUUAUAGAAAAUUUCGUUACUAUGAAUUCUGGUUUUCUGAAAUUUUUGAUAUUUUAGAAUAACUGGAGUUCUG